AUGAGACAAAGAAAUAAAUCAUAUUCUGGUAAGUCAGUUAACAAAUCACCAAAAAGUAAGAAAUUAAGCAAUAAGAAUUUAAAUGAUUCUUCUAAUGAUAUUUUAUACCUUAAAGAUGAACCUAUUUUAGAUAAAGAUUCUUCAUUUUUAAUUGAAGAAUCUACAACUGAAAUACCAAAACCGGAAGAUUUGGUUAAUAAAUCAAUCAAAACUGAAGAUGAAACAAGUGAAAAAAAUGAAGUUAAAGGGGCUAGAAAAUUAACAAUUUUCUUGGAAUUUGGAUCACUUAAUCUGGAAGUUGAUAAGUCAGUUACAGACAAACAAAUGAAGUACAUUAUUGAUCAAAUAAUGGGUAUAAAAGUUUUAGGAGAUUAUGUUGAAGAUAUUGAGCCAACUACAAGUGGAUCAAUAAAUAAAAACUUAUUAAAGAAAAUUAAAUCAAAAUCAUUUAUUGAUCGUCAACAUAAGAAUUUAGAUUCACCUAAUGCAGAUUUGGUGAAUUUCAUUGUUAGUGCUGAAAUGGAAGAAUCAGUAGAAGAUGUAACUGAUGUUAAACCAUUAAGUGAAAUUAGUAGGAAAUUAUCUUCUAAAAAUAAUUCUAUAAAUGAAACUGAUGAAAGUAAAAUGAAAGAGAGUCAACUAAGUAAUUUAUCAUCUAAGAAAUCAUUAAUAGACAGUAAAAUGCUUCUAGUAAGUCAACACUUCUCAAUGAAAGAAGUUUAA